CUUCGCUUCAGGAGCUUUAGGAGAUUGUGUUUCUUCUCAUGCUCCAUUACUAUUGUCUAUGCGACUUCAUCAGGUACCUUCAGACCGGUUCGAGAGGUUUGGCCUAACGUGGAAUGAGCAAUCAUACCUUUAACAAGUGGAAGGAGCAGGAAGUGAUGUUCCUCAGCUAAAGCGACACUGCAACACAAUGGCAUCUCUUGUCCGGGACUCCAUACUAAAUGACGGCAACAGGAAUUCAUAUGGAUGGGAACUAUCGUUCUAGAACUGUACUGGAAUCAUGCGCCAAAAACAUGCAAGAAUUUCGCAGAGCUGGGCAGAAGAGGAUAUUACAACAACAACAAGUUCCACCGCAUCAUCAAAGACUUCAUGGUUCAAGGAGGCGAUCCAACAGGGACAGGUCGUGGUGGUGCAUCUAUAUAUGGCAAGCAGUUUGAAGAUGAAUUGCAUCCAGAUUUGAAAUUUACAGGUGCUGGAAUUCUCGCAAUGGCCAAUGCAGGGCCAGAUACAAACGGAAGCCAGUUCUUCCUCACGUUGGCUCCCACACAGUGGUUGGAUGGGAAACACACUAUAUUUGGACGGGUGUGCCAGGGCAUUGGAGUCCUUAAUCGUAUUGGCAUGGUUGAAACCAACAGUCAGGACCGCCCUAUUGAUGACAUUAAAAUUCUCAGAGUAAAUCUACCUAACUAAGACGUCUGCUUGCAUAACAUUUCAUGCUUUGUUUUUUUGUACAGCCCUUUUAUUACAUUAAACUUUCUGAGUUUUCAUAAAA